AUGAGGCUUAAAAACCCUUUCGUCUUUAUCGUACAGAUUUUGCUCGACAUUCUGCUGGUGCCUAUCAGCGUGGAUGAUGCAACCCUCGGCAAGAUUACGGUGUCCGACGUCCCGCUGUCUGCAUCCGUCAUCAGACGUUUUGACCAACCGGACACAAGCGAGCGUCACAAGCACCGGACCCACCCACUUCAAAACGAAUACCCGCGGCCCAUCUUCGACAAGCCAUCGUCAUCGACAGCUUCGUUUGAGGCUAUAAAACCGGGCAGCGGGAGGCACCACGACACUGGGCACGGCAGCUUCUCGGACAUGAGGCUUAAAAACCCUUUCGUCUUUAUCGUACAGGUAAGGAGGCACUACUACCUAUCUUUUCGUAGUAAUAACGUGUGCCUGAUCUUGCUGCCGUGGCCACGGUCGUGUUAUUCAUUGUUGUGCAAUGUGAUCGUGUAUUUAAAAAUGCUACUCGUGCUUAGCGGUGAUGUUGAGGUUAACCCUGGUCCGGACAUGAAGAUUAUAAUGGAACAGCUUAAAGCCAUUGCUAAAGAUAUACAGGACAUAAAGAACGAAAAGGUCACAACAAAUGACAGACUCUCAGCCAUCGAACAAAAGCUAGAAAGCUUUAGUACGCUCCAAACUACCGUCAGUGCGUGUCAAGAAAAAAUAAAUGAACUUGAAGCUAACAUCAAAACCAUUUCUAAAAAGCUAGACGAUUUGGAAAACCGAAGCAGAAGAGCAAACUUGAUAAUCUACGGAAUCGAAGAAAAAGACACUGAAAACAGUGAAAUACUUGAAAGAGUGGUUUCAGACGAAAUCUUCGGAAAGCUUCUUAACACGCCGAUAUCAGGCAUCGAAAGAAUUCACCGUCUGGGAAAAAAGACGGACCAAAAAAUUAGACCUGUCAUCCUAAAACUACUUGACUGCAGAGAUAAGACAAGAGUGCUGAAAAAUUGCUUCAAAUUGAAAGGGACAACGUUUUCUAUCAGCGAGGAUUUUUCACGCCCCGUGCAACAGAUACGAAAGAAACUGUGGGAAAGCACUAAAAUCAAUCGAGAUAAAAACGACAAAGUGUUCUUGACUUUCGAUAAGGUCAGGGUAAACGGGCAGUGGUACGCAUGGGACGAGGAUAAAAAUGACAAAGUUCUAAUAGCAAAAAACGAUGUCACC